UGAAUCGAGAAGAAACUGUAUCGUUUUUAUUCAUUGAUUGUAGGAGUCAAACCUCGACUGCGGAACAUAUGAGGUACCCGUGCAGCUAACUCACAUUUUCGAUUUUGCUGCUGGCGGAAGUCGCCUAGUCCAUGAGGGGGAAAGAGUGUAUAACGCUGGCCAUUUAUUGAUUGUUGGAGAGAAACAAAUAUACAAGGAUGGAGUAAGCAUUUUUGCAACAUGUUUGCAGUCAUCUUCACCUAGCUCUGCACCACACGUGAUCAAGAUCCGGACAAAUGAAUCGCAAGUGCAAUGGACUUUUUCUUGUACUUGUAAAGCCGGGAAAGGAAAGUGCAAACAUCAAAUGGCCGUACUAUACCAUUUGUUGAAGGAUGCAACAGUUCCUCUGCUUACAGUAACCGAUUUACAACAAAAAUGGGGCAAAAUUGCCGCUCAAACCGCAUCGGACAUGUAUAGAGCUAAGCGGCUGAAAGAUCUGUGUUUCAGUGAAAGAUCGGGCUCAGCAAUGCAGGAUAGUUUAAACGUAUCUGAAGUUGAAGAACCAUUUGAAAACAGCAAACCGAUCAAAAACACCAAGUAUCAGCAAUACAUGGUGUCGGAAACAGAACAAUCGCAAAUUCUGCAACAAUUUGUAAAAAGUUUUCCGAACAGUGCACUGGGAUAUGAACUCUGUGGCAGACCUUCAGUUCAAGACGAUAUCAACCCAGAAACGGAAACAAACAUUGAUUUACAAUGUAUUGAAGUUUCAACACGCAAGUUGUCUUUAAAUUCGUCAUGCUCAAUCAUAUCGUUCGAAGAUUUUUCUAUGCAAACUCUGAAACUAUUCUGUACCAAAGCCGAUUUCAUCAUAUAUUCAGAGUUUGAGGAUAAAUGUUUUAUAUCAACGAUUGAUUUGGAAGAAGAGUACGUGUACGAACUUUUGAACGCUCUCAAAGAAGUUUAUUUCAACAUUUACUUGAAAUACCUGUAUACACUUAAAAACUGA